AUGAACAACCCCGCCCCGGAGAAGCCGGCGCUCGCCCAGCAGCAGUACCAGCAGCCGCAAGCCCCGGUCUACGAGCAGCCGCACGGCGCAGCCCCCAUGGCGGUGCACGGUGCGCCGCCUGCGCACAACGCGGCUCAGCCUGGCCACGAGCGCCCUUGGUCGACCGGGCUGUGCGAGUGCGGCAACGACGUGCCGGGCUUCUGCCUCUCGUGCUGGUGCCCCUGCAUGGCCUACGGUCAGUACAAGGAGCGCUACGACCACCUCGCCCAAACCGGCCGCCCCAAGCCCAAGGAACAAGUCGAGAGCUGCGGCACCCCGGGCGUCCUCUACCUCGUCGUCCACUGCCUCACCGGCUUCGGCUUCGUCCUCGACUUCAUGGCGCGCGGCGACAUCCGCAACCGGUACGGCAUCAAGGGCGGCGCGCUCGGCGACUGCUGCACCGCGUGCUGCUGCAUGCCGUGCACACAGCGCCAGCACCACCGCGAGCUCGCCAUCGAGGAGGUGCAGCAGUGGGGCGCAGUACCCCAGAUGGGCGCCCAGCAGUCGCAGUCGCAGAUGUACCCCCCUGCCCCUGCGCACGUGUAG